GAACUGAUACCUACAAGCAAUGCCAACGUUGUAGUAGCUCUUACACAGCUUUUUGAAAUGUUGAUAUGUCAGACUGUGCAAGAAGAUCCCACCAACAGAAACAUCCGUGCAUGGAUUAUGGGUUGCUUUGCAUUUGCCACAAUCUGGUCCAUUGGUGGAACUUGUGAUGGUGACAGCAAGAUAAUUUUUGAUGAUUUCUUGAGGGAAACUUUGGCUGGGAAAUCUGGAACAAAUCCUAUACCAACAAGUGUGGGAAAAUGGGAGUGUCCUAUUGAAGAGAAAGGCUUGGUCUAUGACUACAUGUAUGAGCUGAAAGGCAGAGGAUGUUGUGUUCACUGGAAUGGCUUUAUUAAAGAUAUUCAUUAUAGUGAUAAAAAUGUGAAGAUUCAGGAUAUUAUAGUCCCAACUAUGAAUACAGUCCGGUAUACCUAUUUGAUAGAGCUGUUCAUUACCCAUGGAAAGUCUUUGCUUUUAGUGGGACCAGCAGGUACUGGGAAAUCUGUAUAUGUCAAGGACAAGUUAGUGAACAACUUGGAAAAAGAGCGCUUCUUUCCCUUCUUCAUUAAUUUUUCAGCUCGAACUACUGCAGAUCAGACCCAGAACAUUAUUAUGGCCAGGCUGGACAAGAGGCGCAAAGGAGUCUUUGGCUCUCCAGUGGGAAAAAAGUGCAUUAUUUUUGUAGAUGAUAUGAAUAUGCCUGCUUUGGAGAAGUAUGGUGCACAGCCUCCUAUAGAACUUUUAAGACAGUUCUUUGACCAUGGAUUUUGGUAUGAUUUGAAGGACACAUCUAAAAUUAAACUUGUUGAUACACAGUUCCUUGCUGCUAUGGGGCCUCCAGGCGAUGGAAGGAAUUCUGUUACUCCUCGAUUUUUGCGACACUUAAACAUUUGCACUGUUAAUUCUUUUAGCGAUGAAACAAUGAUACGCAUCUUCUCUACCAUAGUAGCUUUCCACCUACGGACUAGUGAUUUUUCUCCUGAGUUCUUUACAAUUGGAAUUCAAAUUGUCACUGCCACUUUAGAGGUAUAUAAGAAAGCCAUCAACAAUCUUUUGCCCACACCAGCCAAAUCUCACUAUACGUUCAACCUGCGUGACUUUUCACGUGUUAUCUGUGGCUGCUUGCUUAUUAAGAGAGAAUCAGUUGAAAACAAACAUGUAAUGAUUCGGCUGUUUGUACAUGAGGUAUUUCGUGUCUUCUAUGACCGUCUAGUGGAAGACAAUGAUAGAGCCUGGCUGUUCAAUUUAAUGAAAGGUGUUGUGAAAGAACAUUUCAAAGAAGAGUUUGAUUUGGUUUUUGCACACCUGAAGCAAGAAAACACACCUGUAACGGAAGAAAACUUGAGAAGUUUGUUUUUUGGUGACUACAUGAUUCCAGAACUUGAAGGAGAUGAAAGACUUUAUGUUGAAAUUCCAAGCAUUCAGCUGUUUGGAGAUGUUGUGGAGCAGUGUCUGAAUGAAUAUAAUCAAACCCACAAAACAGGAAUGAGCCUUGUAGUCUUCAGGUAUAUGUUGGAACAUUUGUCUCGUAUCAGUCGUAUUCUGAAGCAGCCAAGGGGUCAUGCUUUGUUGGUUGGAAUGGGAGGAAGUGGCCGUCAGUCUCUGACUCGUCUAGCAGCAUUCAUGGCAAAGAUGUGUGUUUUUCAGCCAGAGAGUUCCAAGACCUAUGGUACAAAUGAAUGGAGAGAAGAUCUGAAAAGUCUUCUGAAGAAUGCGGGUGUAAAAGGCUUGAAGACUAUAUUUAUAAUCACAGAUGCACAAAUUAAAGAAGAAAGCUUUUUGGAAGAUGUUGAUAGUGUCCUCAACACAGGGGAGGUACCCAAUCUUUUUGGAGCAGGUGAAGAACAAGAAAUUCUAGAGGGUGUUCAUGCAAUAGUUCAGACUGGCAAUAAACAAGAAGAACUCAGUCCCUUGGCCUUGUUUGAACUUUUUGUGAACCGCUGCAAAGAGAAUCUCCAUAUUGUGGUAGCCUUCAGCCCAAUUGGAGAUGCUUUCCGCAAUCAUCUGAGGCAGUUUCCAUCACUCAUCAACUGCUGUACUAUUGACUGGUUCCAGCCAUGGCCUGAAGAUGCCCUUGAAUGUGUGGCUAAUAAGUUCUUAGAAACGCUUCAGCUCACAGACAGUGAGCGUCAGGAAGUUGUGUCUGUCUGCAAAUACUUUCACACUUCAGUUUUGUCACUCUCUGUAAGGUUCUUGCAAAGUCUGGGACGCCAUAAUUAUGUUACUCCUGCUUCUUAUCUUGAGCUUAUUGCUGCAUUUCAGAAACUUCUUACUCAGAAACGAGACACUGUAAAGAAAGCCAAGAAGAAAUAUGUGAAUGGACUAGACAAGAUAGCUUUUGCUGAAUCACAGGUUGGUGAGAUGAAACUAGAACUAGUUCAGCUGCAGCCCAAACUGGAGGUGGCUAUAUUGGAUAAUGCAAAGAUGAUGAAGACUAUAGAAAUAGAAUCUGCACAAGUAGAACAAAAAAGGAAGACUGUAAAGGUAGAUGAAGAAAUGGCUACAGAAAAAGCUGAGGAAGCUCAGGCAUUGAAAAAUGAAUGUGAAAGUGACCUGGCAGAGGCGAUCCCAGUCCUGGAGGCUGCGCUUAAUGCUCUUGACACUGUGAAGCCUCCUGAUAUAUCAAUUGUCAAAUCAAUGAAAAAUCCUCCAUCUGGUGUCAAACUUGUCAUGGCUGCUGUCUGUGUCAUGAAAGACAUAAAACCUGAAAGAAUUCCAGACCCUUCAGGGACUGGAGGCAAGAUUUUGGAUUACUGGGGUCCAGGCAAGAAACUGCUUGGUGACAUGAAUUUCUUAAAGGAUUUGAAAGAGUAUGACAAGGACAAUAUUCCAGCAGCUGUCAUGCAGAAGAUUCAGGCUAAGUAUUUGCCUAAUCCUGAGUUUGAUCCACAAAAGGUGGCUAAAGCUUCCUCGGCGGCAGCAGGUUUAUGUAAAUGGAUUAUGGCAAUGGACGUGUACGACAGGAUUGCAAAGGUGGUUGCACCCAAGAAAGCUCGAUUGAGAGAGGCACAGCAGUCUUUAGCAGAGACACUGAUAGUCUUAAACCAGAAAAGAGAAGAACUUGCAGCAGUUGAAAAUUAUUUGGCUGCUUUGGAACGAACCUUCACUGAGAAAACUGAAGAAAAGGCUCGCUUAGAAUUCCAGGUGGAUCUGUGCGCUAAAAAACUAGAACGAGCAGAGAAGUUGACUGGAGGCCUUGGUGGAGAGAAAUCAAGAUAGUGUAAUGCUGCAAAUGAUCUUCAAGACAUAUAUGAUAAUUUGACAGGAGAUGUUCUGAUGUCAGCUGGUGUGAUAGCUUAUCUGGGAGCUUUUACUGCUGCAUUUCGACAAGAAUGUACCGAAGAUUGGAGCAAACUAUGCAAGGAGAAAAAUAUCCCUUGUUCUGAGAAUUUCUCUUUGAGUCAGACUCUUGGUGACCCAAUAAAAAUAAGAGCUUGGAAUAUUGCUGGUUUGCCAACUGACAUAUUUUCUGUAGACAAUGGGGUCAUUGUUGACAAUUCAAGACGUUGGCCAUUAAUGAUUGAUCCUCAAGGUCAAGCAAAUAAAUGGAUCAAGAAUUUUGAGAAGGAAAACCGCCUGAAUGUUAUCAAGAUCAGUGACACAGAUUAUAUGAGUACCCUGGAGAACUGCGUUCAGUUUGGAACUCCACUUCUGCUAGAAAAUGUUGGAGAAGAACUAGAUCCAUCACUUGAACCUCUGCUACUUAAGCAGACUUUUAAACAAGGAGGCAUGGAGUGUAUCAGGCUUGGUGAGACGGUUGUCGAGUAUUCCAGUGAUUUCAAGUUUUUUAUUACCACAAAACUGAGGAAUCCACAUUAUAUGCCUGAACUUGCUACGAAAGUUUCUUUAGUUAAUUUUAUGAUAACACCAGAGGAACUUGAAGACCAAUUGCUGGGUGUUGUCGUAGCAAGAGAGAGACCAGAAUUGGAAGAGGAAAGAAAUGCUCUCAUCCUUCAAUCUGCAGCCAAUAAAAAGCACCUAAAAGAAACUGAGAAGAAAAUUUUAGAAACCCUGCAGUCGUCUGAAGGAGAUAUUCUGGAAGACGAGACUGCUAUCAAGGUCUUGGAUUCUGCAAAAAUAAUGGCUAAUGAGAUCACGAAAAAAGAGCAGAUUGCAGAGAAAACGGAACUUAAAAUAGCCGAAUCUCGAGAAGCUUAUCGACCUAUUGCAAAACAUUCAUCGGUGCUGUUCUUUAGUAUUGCAGACUUGGCAAGCAUUGAUCCCAUGUACCAGUACUCCCUUCAUUGGUUUGUCAACCUCUUCAUCAACUCUAUUCAUGAUAGUAACAAAUCCAAAAUUUUGGAGAAGCGACUUCGGUAUCUAAAUGACCACUUUACAUACGCUUUGUACUGCAAUGUGUGUCGUUCACUGUUUGAAAAGGACAAGCUGCUCUUCUCGUUUUUGCUGUGUUGUAAUCUUCUCAUAGAUAAAAAUGAAAUAGAACAUCAAGAGUUUAUGUUCUUCCUAACUGGGGGUGUGGGUCUCAAGAAUAAGUACAAGAAUCCAGAUCCAUCUUGGCUACCAGAUAAGAGCUGGGAUGAAUUAUGUCGUGCAAGUGAAAUCCCAGCUUUGAAAGGACUAAGGAGUCACAUAUCUGAAAAUGUAGGUGAAUGGCAAAAAAUUUAUGACAGCAAAGAGCCACAAAUCUUUCCAUUACCAGAACAAUGGAAUAAUACGUUAAAUGAGUUACAAAAGAUGAUAAUUCUUUGGUGCAUAAGACCAGACAAGAUUAGUCCAGCAAUAACAACAUUUGUAAUUGAUAAACUGGGGAAGAAAUUUGUAGAACCACCACCUUUUGAUAUAACAAAAAGUUACUUAGAUUCAAAUUCUACAAUCCCUUUAAUAUUUGUGCUGUCUCCAGGAGCAGAUCCCAUGUCUAGCCUCCUGAAAUUUGCAAGUGACAAAGAGAUGGAUGGAAGUAAGUUUCAGUCCAUCUCAUUAGGACAAGGACAAGGACCUAUAGCUACAAAAAUGAUUCAAGAGGCAAUGGAAGAAGGAACUUGGGUUUGUUUACAAAAUUGUCAUUUAGCUGUCUCCUGGAUGCCAGUGCUGGAGAAAAUAUGUGAAGAGUUUAAUGAGGAAAACUGCCAUCUAGUCUUUAGACUUUGGCUUACUAGUUACCCUUCACCAAAGUUUCCAGUAACUGUUCUGCAGAACGGAGUGAAGAUGACAAAGGAACCUCCUACUGGUCUCCGGUUAAACCUACUUCAGUCAUUUCUUUCUGAUCCUAUUUCUGAUCCUGCAUUCUUCUCUGGAUGCCCUGAAAUGGAGCUGGUUUGGGAGAAACUGCUCUUUGGAGUUUGUUUUUUCCAUGCUCUUGUUCAGGAAAGAAGGAAAUUUGGGCCUCUUGGUUGGAAUAUACCCUAUGGAUUUAAUGAAUCAGACUUGCGAAUCAGUAUCAGACAGCUGCAGUUAUUCAUAAAUGAAUAUAGCCGUGUUCCAUUUGAAGCUUUAUCUUACCUAACUGGUGAGUGCAACUAUGGAGGUCGAGUGACAGAUGACUGAGACAGACGUUUACUGCUGACAAUGCUGGAUGACUUCUAUAAUCCAGAUAUAAUAGAAAAUCCUCGUUACACUUUUUCUCCCAGUGACAAAUAUUAUGCUCCACCAAAAGGCACAUAUGAAGACUACAUUGAGUUUAUUAAGAGUCUUCCCUUUAGUCAGCAUCCAGAGGUAUUUGGUUUGCAUGAAAAUGUGGAUAUUUCAAAAGAUCUUCAGCAAAAUAAGAUCCUCCUUGAAUCUCUGCUUUUAACACAAGGAGGAGGCAUUCAGGGAACUUCUGAAGGUGGUGACAGCACUCUCUGUGAAAUUGCAGAUGAUAUUCUCAGCAAGCUUCCAAAUGAUUUUGACAUUGAAAGCUGCCUAAACAAAUAACCUGUAAGAUAUGAAGAAAGUAUGAACACUGUGUUGAUGCAAGAAAUGGAAAGAUUUAACAAUUUAAUCCGAACUAUUCGUAUUACACUAAUUAAUGUGAAGAAAGCCAUUAAAGGACUGGUUGUUAUGGAUGCUGAACUGGAUGCUCUGUGUGGCAGUCUACUUCUUGGAAAAGUUCCUGAGAAUUGGGUGAAAUGUUCGUACCCAAGUCUAAAACCAUUAGGGAGCUAUAUUGUAGACUUUCUAGAAAGGCUGAAAUUUUUACAGGAUUGGUAUGAAUUAGGGAAGCCCACAGUUUUUUGGCUGUCAGGAUUCUAUUAUACUUAAGCUUUCUUAACUGGAGCAAUGCAAAACUAUGCUAGGAAGCACAGAAUCCCUAUUGACCUGCUGGGAUACGAAUUUCAGGUUAUUCCUCAGGACACUGCUGAUACUGCACCAGAAGAUGGUGUUUAUAUCCACAAAUUAUGUGGAUAUAAACAAUGA